UCGGUAUAAACUGAGAAUCGAAACAGCCCGACAAAAAGAGAGAGAGAGGAAAAACUCUAUUUUUCUCGCUUGCUCUCCGUCGUUUCCGCGUCCUUUCAGGAGAAGAUGACAACAUCAAGGCGUCUCGCGGACAAGAAGACAGCGAAGUUUCAGAAAAACAUCACCAAGAGGGGAUCUGUCCCUGAGACAACUGUUAAGAAAGGAGCUGACUAUCCUGUAGGACCCAUUGUGCUUGGCUUUUUUAUUUUCGUGGUCAUUGGAUCAUCUCUGUUUCAGAUAAUCAGAACAGCAGCAAGUGGUGGGAUGGCAUAAGAUGCCGGUGAUAGCUGACGACUAAGGUGCACUUAAAGUAUAUGAUUUACAUAUGCCAAAUUUGUGUAAACUCAUCUAGGGGAAAGUUAUAGAGAAAACAAUUAGAGUUUGUGUACGACUUAAUGGUAUUGUUGACGAAGUUAAACUAGGUUUUUCAUGCAAUAAAGAGAGAUUUUCUCCAA